GCCAACGAGCCCACGGAACAUCUGACAACUCCGAAGCCUUUGUAAAAUCUGAACUCUGCGACAAUGAGGACUCUUUUUGUUAUCUCGCUGUUGGUCUGCGCUGUGGCCGUAUAUGGCGACAAAGACUGUGCAAAAUGCGGUUCAGGUAUUGAGUUCGACAUUUAUGAUGAAAAUUGCAAGAAGUACGACAACACCUGUCUCCUGAAGUGCGCGGGCGCCAAAUUGCAAAAGAACCUGGUCGCUUGCGGCGUUGCAUGCAAAUGUACUAGAGAGUUAGACUAUCAAUGUGGGGACGAUGGUACAUGGUAUGUCAACCCAUGUGCGUUAAAAUGCAACAAGGAUGUCAAGUUAGACAAGAAGGAAGAAGGGUGUGGGGCCAAGCCCGGUGGACUAUUUCUAGGCUGACAAGCACACUAAAUUAACGGCGCAAAACACGGAAUACGAAUUAAUGGACUUUCAAUAAUACUACUCACAUAAUAUUUAUAUGUGUCGUUGCCUACGAAAAAGAGUCUUGUUGAGGU